AUUGAUUGCAUAUCUGUGAGUGACUUUAAAACUUACUUUAUUAUCUAUGAGUUUAUAUGAAUUUGUGAUUGUUAUUAUCAUUUUCUUAUCAUUUAAUCACAUAACCAUGUGGUGAAAUUUAUUGUCAAUUCGUGGCCGGUACUAAAAAGUAAAUAUUCAAUUACUAAAUUGUAAACAAUUUUUGUUGAAUUUAUAAUUUUAAAUUUGUAUUUAUUAUGAUGCAAAUUACUACAAUAAAGGUUUGUUAUAUAAAGAUUUAUUUAUAAAAAAAAUAUUUUUAAACAUUUACUGUUUUGUUACAUAGGCCGAUGAAGCAGUACCAUGGCUUCAAAAACGUUUGAAAAAUUAUUUAAGUUAUGGACUUUCUUCAGAAGAGUGUAAAGUGUUUGGUAAGAAAAAUAUUUACUUUUUUAAUAAUAUCAUUAUUGAGUAUACUCAGUUUUGGUGGCUGUUACCUAGUGACUCCACAUUUUUAAUCAACUUCCUUAAUACCACUUAUAAUAAUUAAUGGUUCAUACAAAUACAAUAAAUAUAAUUUGUAUAUAGAUUAUAGAAAGUAUUUCAUGAAAGGGUUCUUGCUUUAUACCAUUUUGGUAUCUUAUAAUGGUAUAUUUUAAACAAAACAUUAAUUACAAAAUGUCAUUAAAAUUAUUAUUUUUAUCUUUUUCAGAGAUUUUUAUUACAUCAACUUUGACUGAUGUUGAAAUCAAAAAGCAAAUAACCAAUACAGUUAUUCCUUCAUUUUUUGAAAAUUUAGUGUCAAAAAAUGUUAAUAAACAAGUAAGGACCUUGAUAUGAUAUUAAUAUAACUAAUAUUUUAUUCUGAUUAGUGUUGCAUAGUAAUUUCUUAUAAUUUGAAUUUUUGUUUUAUGACUUAUUUAUCAUACUUCAAUGAGUACAUUCUUCAUAGUUGUAUUUAACUAGGAGUCAAUUUUAAAUUAUACCCAAAUUUCAAAUUUGGCUCUUUUACUCAUGUUUAUGUUUAAAGUUUAUAAUAUAUUUUUUUUGUAUCUAGGCUGUAGAUGCACAGGUAUCUAUAGUACGAUUAUUUAUGAAAUACUAUGGCCCAACCUGCGGUCAAUUCAAGGUAUUGUUUAAUUAUUUUUCAUAUAAUUAUCUAAUUCACUGAUACUUUGUUCAAAAGCAUGACUUAACUUUUACAGAAUACUUCAGAUAAGUUUACUUCAAAAACAUUAAGAGAAUAUUUUAAUGAAGAUAAUAUUGUGUUCAAAGUGACUAAAUAUCUUGCUUUAUUUCCUCAAUGUGGUGGCCGUGGACAACAAGGUAUCAAUCAUGCUGAGGCAUGGACUAAUCAAUUCAACGAUUAUGUUUAUUCUGCGAAUUAUUUUUUAUACCAACUCUACUCUAAUAUUGAUGUAAGUUAACUUAGAUUUUGAUUUAAAUAACUAAUACAUAUAUAUAUGUUGCAACCUAUUGGUGUUUUAGUUCUUCCUGGAUAAUGUGACAGAUAUUUAUGAAGGCAAAUUUGAUAUCUCAGUUUUUAAUUUAUCUGACCUCGAAAAAGCUACUCCCAAAGAACGCUAUGAAAAAUUAACAUCAGUAUUUAUAUUUUUCAAUACAGCAAUUCAGUCAAUGUUAUUGUGAGAUAUAAUAUUGUUAUGCCAAGGGUAUACACUUAUUAAAUACAUUUAAAUGUUAAAUUUGUUUAGGUCUAUGUUUUCUACUGUCAAACAUUUUGAUCCCAACAUAGUUAUUCAACUCGCUCUGAAUACUUUAUCAGUUACUUCAGAAAAACUUAAAGCUGCUACGGUAACUGAAGAUGUGAUUGAAUUAGAUUUGAUUUUAUGGAAAUUACACUGCUCAGUCAUCAAAAUAAUUUCUGCCCUUAUAAAAUGGUAUAUCUUUGAAUCAUUUUUUUUGCAAUUUAAAGUUUUUUUUAUGGUAUUCAAAUAAGUGUUAAAAUAAGUAAAAAAUAAUUUUUAAUAUUAUUGUUUUUUUAUUUCCAGUUGUGGAAGGAUUUUAAUACCUCAAGGAGUAUUAAUUUGUCGAAUUUUAUUGCAAUCAUUAAACAUGACUAAUUUAUAUUCAUCAAAUACUGUAUAUGGUACAACUAGAUCCAAAUUGUAAAUUUUGUUUGAUUUCAGAACUAAUUAAUUUAAUUAUGCUAACAAUUUUGUUAUUAUUAUAUUUUUUGUAUUAAGGGAACAACGGUUGAUAACAUAUCAAGUUCUAUGUUCUUGGCUAGCCGUUGCUGGGUCACAGAGUUCAUUAGAAAUGUUUAGCGAAAAUCUUACUUCUGGCAUUUUAUUUGAUAUAAAAUAUAAUAAACCUUCCCUUGAUUUAAUUGUAAGUAUUUUAACAAAUUAAUAUUAACUUUGGUCUGUUUUAUUUAUAUUAUUCAAAUAUGUUAAUUAUUAAAUCUGUAUGUUUAGGUUGAUAAAAAAAUUGGUAAUAGAAAAAGAAAGAGCGGAGCUUUAAAUGAAAAAAUUAUAAGCCAACGAGAUACAAUUGUUAUGCACGAUUAUCAUGCAAAUAAAAUUAUUUGUAAUGAAGCUCAUAAAACAUUUCAGUUGUUUUUACACACCAUGUCUCCAAAUUUGAAACCCUUACAAUUUAAAGUAUUAAGUUUUUUUUUUUUUUUUUUAAAUAAGUUAUUUUUAUUUUUAUUAUAAUAAUUUUUUUAGACUUUUCAAAGUACAAUAAUGGGUUUGCUAUUAGAGAUAAUUAAGUGUCAUCAGCCAAAUGAUUAUCCUUUACCUUAUUACGAUAAUUCGUGUAGACUUAACUUGUACAAGUCUUUGUUGGCUACAGUAAUUUCACCACAUCCACAAUGUAUUACACAGACAUCAGUAGCAUUACGUAUUUUUACUUAUGGUACAACUGAUCAUGAUGAAAAAGUAAGUAAAUGUUAUUAUUGAAUUUUUUUUCCUAAGAUAGAUUUAUAAAUUAAAAUAUGUUUAUCAUUUUUGCUAAUACUUUAAUAAAUUAUUUUAUUAUUAUACAGAUAAAAGAAAACUGCAGAUCGUCUUUAAGUAAACUUGAACACAUAAUCCGCCCUCGUAAUGAUACUUUAUUUUUCCCUCUUGAAAAUGAUAUAGAAAUAGCACAACCUACUAAAGUAAUUAUACCAGAAAACAAAACUCAUUUUUUAAAUACAACAGUUGAAGACAUAGUUAUACCUAUUGAAGCAAAAAAACCACAAAAAUCAAAUAUUGAUAAUAUUAAACCAAUUGUACCACAUUCAGAAACUGUUUCUGCUACAAAUAUUAAAUCAAAGCAAACUCAGAAUAGUAUUACUGAUAAUAAUAAACUAAUCACAUCAUCUUCAGAGAUUGUUCAUGUCACAAACUCUUUAAAGUAUGAUAGACCAACAAAAGACAUACAUCAAGAAAUAAAUAUCAAUGAUGAUAAACAGACUGUUGAAGAGAAACCUCAAGAACAAAUAAUUGUUCAACCGGAGCUUACCAAAUUAGAAAAUAAACUUUCAUUCAAAACACCUAUAAAUACUGAUUUGGACAUUGAAAAUAAAAUUAUAAUACCAAUGGAUGUAGAUUCAAUAGAAAAUAAUGAGUCUGCCAAUAUUAUCAAUAUGGAUGAUGACCAAUAUUUAGAAAUGGUUAAUGACUUUGUAUGUUCUGAUUAAAAAUUAUAUUGAUCAUACUGCUUUGUUUGCUUUAAAUAAAAUAUAACAUUGCCUUAAAAAAAAAAAAAAAAUUAUAUUAUUUAAAGUGCCUUGUUAUUGUAUACAUUAUAGUUGAAAGUUAAAGUAAUGCAAUAUCUAUAAUUACACAUAUUUAAUUGAAUCUGGUAUGCUUUGUAUUGAUGGAAAUGUAUGAAACUACAAACGACAUUCACUCAUUUUCAUUUUUAUUUUUUGAUACUGUGCAAGGAAGGUAUAAUCAGAGUUAUAUACAGGACUUAUUGGCAGAAAAAGCAUUUAGCAAGAAAAUGCUCAUCAAAAUAAUAUUAGGGGUGCUAGCAAACAUUUUAUUCUAUUAUUAUUGUGUUUGUACUAGCAAGUAUCUACCUACAAUUUCUUUUUAUUACACAGCAU